GUUAUAGUAAGGCUUGGAAGAAACAAACUACGGCAAGCACACAUCCCUUGCACUUCAAGGCGUCGAAACACCGCCACUUCUUUGCAAAGGGCAAGCAAUAUAAUAAGCCUUGGUGUGCACAUGAUUCAAUCUUUGCCCUCAAUAUCCAGCAAAUGUCAGAAUUUUGAACUUGUUAAAAGGUUGAAAUCUUCUCCAUUUCAUCGUGAAACCCUUUAUGAUCACCUAGAUUGCCAUUUUCCCAUCAACCUGAAAAAAAAAAAGAAGUGAUCUUCUCCCCUUCGAUUCAUCCGUCCGAAAAGAAGGUAGUUCGGUUUUAAGACGGUUUCUCUUUAUGCUUUAUCUGUACUUUGGUGCUUUUAGCUGGCUGUACUCGCAAAACAUGUUUAAGACUUGAUUUGGCUCGCCAAAGGUCUGACCAUGAAGGUGAAAAUAAUUCGGGGCAUCAAACAGUUGUUCGCCCCCAACGGGAGGACUGAUGUAGAGGAAGACUCCGGAACAAAUUCGGGUUUGGACCUCCGAGAGGAAUAUGCCAACGCAUUCCGAACCGAAUCAUACAACGUGUUUUGGGAAAGAGUUCUGGAACUCAGCAAAGGCAAAUACGCCACCCACACCACCGUCGGCUCCACCACCGCCUCUCGCCUGCCAUCUUACCGCCUCUUCGUGGAUAGCCUCCUGGACCCGGAUCAAUCCACCAUCGCCCGAAUUCUAUCCUUGACCCGAAUACCCCACCCGGCAACACAAACUCUCUUAACUGAAUAUUUCUCUGAAACCGCCAAUGCUUCUUUCUUGUGUAGCCGUUUGCUUAGAGAUGUUGAUCGUACCCGAAUUAAAUAUAAAGCCCUGAAAGCUACACUGGAUUCCCUUCAAAUCGGCCAAAUCCAACCAGUUAAUAAUGUACCCGUUUUACCGGCUCGACUAUCUGAAUUCUCCAAGUCUUACAACCCGUUUAUGCUAUCCAACUCAACUUCUGAGCGGAUCCAAACCGUCCAGACGGACUGUUCGGAUCUACUCAAACGUCUUGAGUCAAGCCGAGACAAGAUUCAAGCUAAGUCCCAGCUAAUCAAUAGACUGAAAUCCGGCUCGGCUGUUUUUCUUGUGGCUCUGACGGCUUCGUUGACAAUUGUGGUGGUGACGCACGCAUUAGCCGUCCUGGUAGCCGCGCCGUGUGUGGUGGCGGCUUCGCUGGAGCUCAUUUCCUCGAAGAAUCUGGCUAAGUGGUCGGCUCAGCUAGAUUCAGCGGCCAAAGGAACGUACAUAUUGAUGAGAGACUUGGACACAAUAAGCCGGCUGGUGAGCCGGCUAAGCGACGAGCUGGAACAUUUCCACGCAAUUAUACGGUUCUGGCUGGGGAAAGGAGGGAGCCGGGUUCAAGCCGGAGGGGAAGUGGCGCGGCAGCUGAAAAUGAAUGAUGUGAGCUUGAGCGACCAGCUGGACGAGCUGGAGGAGCAUUUGUAUUUGUGUUUCAUGACCAUCAACAGAGCCAGAAACCUCGUAUUGAAAGAAAUCCAAAAUCAUCCUGCUGGUCAAUCCCCUUCAACGUAGGAACAUCUCGAGUCAAAAUGUAUCAAAUUGAUCCUCACAUAAUAAUGAUAAGAAAAACCACACAUUUACAUUAUCAUCACGUAUUCUUUAAUUAAAAAUAUUCAUUUCGUUUCCCAGAUGGGUGUUUCGGCGAUCAGGCCAGUUAUCUCAUACAAGCCGUUAUCUUUUUCCUCUUUUUAUUUAUUUAUUUUUUUAAUUUUUAUAUUUCAUGAGUUAGCUAUGAAAAGCCGUUUUCUUUUGGUGAACCGAGCAAAAUGAGAUCGAAAUCAU